AUGAAAGAGACAUUCAAGAAGACAUCGAUAGAAAAGGACGUUGCCGUUCAAACUCUGCAGACUGGAGCUAUGGAGGAGCUCAACCGUAUCGGAACCCGGUUUCCAGUAAUCGACUCAGAAUUUUGUAUUUUGUCACAAGAACUAGAAUUUUCCAGCGUUCUCUCAUGGUCAUAUUCGCUAUUUGGACGAUUUGGUUGGCUUUUGUUGUGCAUGAACAUGGCAACUUUCCUUUCAACUCCUCGAGUUUGCAAGAAGGUCGAAUACCUUUCAUUGGUUCUCAGUCUCCACAUGAGGUGGCCAGCGUUGUUCGCCGAGUUCAACAUGAGUUUGUCGGGAAGUUACAUUACCUUCCUACCGCCAAUCAUUCUGAAAACAUCGGUGAAUGCUUCUGACCCAUUUCUUUAUCCCAAAUCGUCGAAAAGAGAUGCUCAUUCUAAGCAGACACCACAUCAGCUGGAAUCCGACAGUCGCAGUGCACUCAAGUAA